AUGAGGGAAACCUUCGGAAACAAGUUUUGGGGCAUGAUACAGGUAACUGACAGUGUAACGAACGAUAUUGACACCCCCUAUACCGAUACCAGAGUAUGUGCCACUGGCGCCGAAACAAGCAAAGCGCAGUUUGAUCGACCGCCACUGUUGACUCACCGACCUUCCAUUCUGUGCGACACUGGUAGACCAUCCCCAUACCCAAUACAUCGAGGGCGUGGUCCAAAGUCUCCCCGAUCCACAAACUCACAACUUGCAUACACUCGCCUUCCCAUCAUCAACAUCCCAGACAAUACUAUCGCAGCCACCGAAGCCCUCCAACCAGAUCCCAAGAUGGACGCCACUGAGCUUUCAGACGAUCGCGUUGCGGAGAUUCAGAAAGCAGUUAGCAGUCCUUGGACUAUGUCUCCAGACGAGUACUUGGCGAAGUUGAAGCAUGAAACUGGCAGUGAAGAAAUGCUGGAUCAGUUUCUAGAGAAAGCAUGUAAGUUAGACAGAGAAUCGCCUCGUCGUUCAGCCGAGGAUUGGCUUAAGCAGCUUGCUGCUAUGGACUUUAGAGAUGUCGGUCCUAUUUCGAAGCAUCACUUUGGCUUGACUAUCGAUAGGGUGGACAGAUUUGAUCUCGGCACCGAUGGCGAGGAUACGUUUGCAGUCGCAACAAAUUCUGAGGCUCUGUGGACGCAGGAGGCGGAGCUCCCACCACUAUCACCCUCUGCAGACAUUGAGUCUGGCGACUAUCAUGCCCAUCCUGCGUUGAUCUCUCUGCAGAAGAUUGAAUCCUCCCCUUCUCGCCUUGGUCCGGAGCCUUCCAACACCGGUACGCUCACAGCUUCUGGUGAACAGCUUCCUUCUCUAGUCAUGCCGAUCGGGCAGCUACAGAUGAAGUCUAAGGAAGAGACGGAUGAAGACUAUAUCGACACUGAAUAUGUCCUCGUCAUUGAUGCCACCAAGACUAACCAUCCUAUCUGGCUGGUCUAUGACCGAAACGCGUGCGAUGACUUAGGUGACCGACGCCUCAUCGAUCCUGAUCAGCAACCCGUGGUCUUCGAGAAACUUGGAAAGAACUUUGAUGCUAUGCAGGUUAUGCCAAGUCUCCAACGGUGGAUUCUCCACUACGGAAAGCUCGACUUCGCUCUGAUGCUGAAGUCGAUGCAGGCAACGGGCAUCACAGGACCAAUCCAGGCUCAGGAGCUUUCCCUCUCGGAGGCUAAGAAGAUUCUUGGGUAG